AUGCUCGCUGGCAGCUGUUCGGGAAGGAUUGUUUUGCAAGAAAAAAAUAAAUAUAAAAUCCUAAAAUCAAAUCCGUAUGAAAUUCUAUUAACACUUCUAUCUAUCUAUCUAUCUAUCUAUCUAUCUAUCUAUUUAUCUAUCUAUCUACUUAAUCUGUUCAUAUUUAUGUAUCUAUCUUAUAUGUACAUAUCUAUCUAUCUAUCUAUCUUAGUCUGUUCGUAUCUGUCUAUCUAUCGUACUCUUCUGUUCAUAUCUAUCAUAGUCUGUUCAUAUCUAUUUAUCUAUCUAUCUAUCUUAGUCUGUUCAUAUUUAUGUAUCUAUCUUAGUCUGUUCAUAUCUAUCUAUCUAUCUAUCUAUCUAUCUAUCUAUCUAUCUUACUCUGUUUCUAUCUAUCUAUCUAUCUAUCUAUCUAUCUAUCUAUCUAUCUAUCUAUAUUACUCUAUUCCUAGAGAUAGAUUGUUUCUACCUAUUUAUCUUACUCUGUUCCUAUCUAUCUAUCUAUCUAUCUAUCUAUCUAUCUAUCUAUCUAUCUAUCUAUCUAUCAAGAGAGACUGGAUAUUACAUUUUUACAUAGAGACAGCUGUAAUAAGACCGACACUCAUAUCUAUCUAUCUAUCUAUCUAUCUAUCUAUCUAUCUAUCUAUCUAUCAAGCAACAUUAAUAUCUAUCUAUCUAUCUAGCUAUCUAUCUAUCUACGAGAAACCGGAUAACCAAGCCUAA